CCUACCCCCCGACGAAACAACCCAUUCACCGAGCAACCUUUUCCCCCUCCCACACCGACGAUAUUUCCUUUUCGUACAGUCCAUAUCAGUCUCCUUGCAAUUUGGAUAACGUAUCCCGUUCAAGAUGUGGAUUAUCAACUGGUUCUACGAUGUCCUCUCCUCCCUCGGUCUGCUGAACAAGCACGCCAAGCUGCUGUUCCUCGGUCUCGACAACGCGGGCAAGACGACGCUGCUGCACAUGUUGAAGAACGACCGUGUUGCUAUCCUUCAGCCUACGCUUCACCCUACCUCUGAGGAACUGGCGAUUGGCAAUGUGAGGUUCACAACGUUCGACCUGGGCGGUCACCAGCAAGCCCGCCGCCUAUGGAGAGACUACUUCCCCGAGGUCAACGGCAUCGUGUUCCUGGUGGACGCCAAGGACCACGAGCGCUUCCCCGAGGCCAAGGCCGAGCUAGACGCCCUACUCCAGAUGGAGGAGUUGGCCAAAGUGCCCUUCGUGAUCUUGGGCAACAAGAUCGACCACCCCGACGCCGUGUCUGAGGACGAGCUCCGCCAUCAGCUCGGAAUGUACCAGACCACGGGCAAGGGCAAGGUCCCUCUGGAGGGCAUCAGGCCUGUCGAGGUCUUCAUGUGCUCUGUGGUUAUGCGACAGGGCUAUGGUGAGGGUAUCCGGUGGCUGAGCCAGUAUGUCUAAGCCUGUGGACCCUGCAUUUCAGCAUCAAGCUGCGAAGCAAGAUGAGCAAAGCCGGGACUAUGGUCAUGAAAGAUUCCGCCAUGAGCUUGUAUAGAUCCCCUGCACCAGGCGCGGUAGGACAUCGGUCCACAGACAAAGCAGGAGAGAGCACGCUGAGAGCUAUGUUGCCUGGGUGAGCAUGACGGUGGCGAGGCGGUAGAGGUUGCUUUAUGCAUGGCAAGGUCGGAAGAGAAAGGGCGAACCCAGAAAGGCAUGAUGAACCACAUACAUCUUUUCUUAUUUUUAUGUGUCUGCGAUUAGGAAGAAUUAUGGCCCAUGGCGUUGAUGCUUUUUAAUCGGAACAGUUUAUUUUAGAAACCAACUCGACAGGAAACUCUUCUCCCGACCUUGGUUGGUUGCAGACGAUAAGCUGAGAUAUUCAAUGUCAUGAGUCAAAGCAC